ACAGUAUCACAAUAUUCGGUAUCACGUCAAGGUUCGAAGUUCACGAUUACGUAUCGCAGUGUGUAAGCUGAGCUCGGCGCGAUGACCGCGUCUCAGCGGCUCCUAAGUGUACGGCACUUGAUCAAACAACUUUUACUACCCAAAUACGUCAGAACCUACUACGAAGGGCGCACCGAAAACGUUACGUUUAGAGAAAAUGAGGACAUCUUAGACUUAAACAUUCACGGCGAAAUCCUCAAAUUCCCGUACGUGUGGUUAAGAGACAACUGCCAAUGUGCCGAGUGCUUCCAUCCCACCGCCAAGAGCCGAGUCGUGGAUUGGGCGAAAUUCAACUUGGACAGCAAACCGAAAGAUGUUAUUAAAGACGAGAAUUCCUUGCAAGUGACGUGGGACGACGGACACGAAUCGCGGUACAAAAUAAACUGGCUAAAAUUGAGAAGUUUCACUGACAAACAUAGAAAAAAUUAUAAUGAUACAAUUUUCAAGCCAACGAAAAAAACUUGGCACGGCAACAACUUCCAGAAGAUACUAUCCAAACAUGAAUUCAGCGGCAUUAUCAAUGAUGACAAGCAACUUUUUAAAUGGAUUCAUGAUCUCUCCGUGUAUGGCGUAGCCUUGAUUAAGAAUACACCUAAUAAAGAAACUGCAUUAGACAGUGUGGUGCAAAAAAUCGGAUUCCCUAAGAAAACUCACUAUGGAACAAACUUUAUAGUUCAAAAUGUGCCCAAUACUAGCAAUGUGGCAUACUUAAACAGCAACCUUCAAAUACAUGUGGACCUUCCUUACUAUGAAUAUUGCCCUGGGGUCAACAUGCUUCAUUGUCUCGUACAAACAUCCAGCCGAGGUGGAGAAAACCUGCUAUCCGAUGGACACUACACUGCAGAGUAUAUUAAAACUUACCACCCUGAACAAUUUAAAUUACUAACAGAUAUUGAUGUAGAAUGGAGUGACAUAGGGACGGAACAGGGCAAUGAAUUCUUUAAGCUUCACAGAGCCCCAGUUAUAUGCUUAGAUAAGCAUGGACAAAUAGAGCGGAUAAACUUUUCAAUUCCUCAGAGAGGGAGUCACUUCCUCGGUCCUAUAGAAGUUGUUAAGCCAUGGUAUAAAGCCCAUAGUCUCUUCUUUAAAUUAAACAUGGACUUUGCGGCGAAGUUUAAGACUGAUGCAGGUGAUAUACUGGUCUUUGACAACAUCAGAUUGUUGCAUGGCAGAAAUCAAUAUGAAGAUAAACCUAAUAAUGUAAGAAAACUAAUAGGUGCAUAUGUCGACUGGGAUGAGAUAUAUUCAAGAUUAAGAUGCCUGCAACUCAAAUAUAAUCAUAAUGAUGAACUUGUUUAGUAGCUAAGCAAAAUUUUAAAUAGUAUCUAUUUUGAUGGUUUA